AUGAAGCUACCUCCCAUCGCGGUAGCCUGUCUUUCCGCUCUCGCCAUAGACUCAUGCAGCAACGUAAUCGCGCAACGCCUCAAAGCAUGGAACGAAUCUAAGCCCUUCGUCUUCGACCGCGUCCUCUUUACCCAGUUCGCCAUCAUGGUCGUACUCACCGCGCCCAUCAACUACCACUGGCAGAAUUGGCUCGAGCGCGCGUUUCCGGGCUGGAAGACCGUCAAGCAAACAAGGGCUGUAGGCGAAGGUGAAGAGGAGAAGGGCAUAAUGCUGAGAGGUGAUGGAGAAGGAAAAGGCAUUGUGGAAGAAGAGGUUAGAGUGAGGAACUGGUGGAAUAUUUUCAAGAAGUGGUUUACGGACUGCAUAACCAUGGGCGCGCUACUGAACCAGUCAAUGUUCCUGAUUCUGAUUGGUCUCAUGAAGGGCAAGACAGUUGCGAUGAUUGGGCAGGACUUCAGAAACGAGCUCUUCGGUCUCAUCUUCGAUUCGUACAAGGUCUGGCCGAUUGCCAACUUCUUUAGCACCACCUUCAUCCCUGUCGAGCGUCGUAUUGUCUUCCUCAGCUUCUGCGGUUUACUGUGGAACAUAUAUCUGAGUCUGGUGGCAGCUCGAUUGUAG